AUGAAGUUGGACUCAAGACAGUUGCGCUACCUUACGGCCGAGGACUGGAAGGUCCUGACGGCGGUCGAAAUGGGUAGUAAGAACCACGAACUCGUCCCGACCGUCCUGAUCGCCCAAAUCGCCGGCAAGCACAUUGGUGUCCACAAAAGCAUCGCAACUCUCGCCAAGUCUGGUCUCGUCGCAAAGAUCAAGAACGCAAAAUACGACGGUUACCGCCUGACCUACGGCGGCCUCGACUAUCUCUCCCUCAACUCUCUACGCAGAACAGACACCGUCUUCAGUCUCGGAAACCAGAUCGGUGUCGGCAAAGAAUCAGACAUCUACGUCGUCGCGGACCCCACUGGCAAACAACUCGUCCUCAAGCUUCACAGACUCGGUCGUAUUUCCUUCCGUACCGUAAAGGCCAACCGCGAUUACCUGCGCAACAAGACCACUGGUUCAUGGAUGUAUCUCAGUCGCUUGGCUGCCAUGAAGGAGUACGCCUUUAUGCAAGUCCUCAAGCGCGAAGGCUUCCCCGUCCCCGAACCCAUCGCUCAGAGCAGGCACACCCUCGUCAUGGAACUCAUCGACUCCUUCCCCCUCCGCUCCAUCGACAACGUCUCCAAUCCCCUCAAACUCUACGGCGAACUCAUGGACUUGAUCGUACGCCUCGCAAAAGUCGGCUUGAUUCACGGUGAUUUCAACGAGUUCAACUUGCUCAUCAAGGAGGACCCCGUCACCAAGAAAUCUACUCCUAUCCUCAUCGAUUUCCCUCAGAUGCUCUCCACCACCCACGAGAACGCCAAAUGGUACUUCGAUCGCGAUGUGAACUGCAUCAAGCGUUUCUUCUCCCGCCAAUUCAAAUUCACGUCAGACGAGCCAGGUCCCUUCUUCGAGGACGCCAUCAAGGAUACAGACCAGAACAAGCGUUUGGAUAUUGAAGUGGAGGCCACUGGCUUCAGCAGAAAAAUGGCAAAGGAUCUGGACAGAUUCGUCGAGGCUGUGGGUUUCCAAAACGAAGCCGACGAGGAUACCGCAGAAGUCGCCGAGGACGAGGGCAGUCACGAGGUCGACCAAGAUUACUCGGAAGGAGAAGACGAUGAGGAAGAGGAGGAGGAUGAUGAAGAGGAAGAAGAGACAAAUUCGCAGACUGUUCAAGGAGACCAGAACGAGGACCACCUGGCCGAACAGAACCACACAGAUUCUCUGGACGCAGUAGAACCUGCACCUGCGCUCACGGCUGAGAACCUUGCUAAACAUCUGGAACCGCUCAACUUGCAGGACCAGCAAGAGGAAUACAACGCCACGGUGGAGCAGCAAAAGAAAAAGAAGAAGGCUGCAGGCUGGUCCAUUUAA